CACUCAGAUCUGUGAUCCUAGCACCAUGACCUGCCAAAGCUGCAGUGGAGGGCUAGCGAGGUGCCUGAGACACGACCCAGCUCCGCAGAGCCGGUCUGGGCCACUGAAAAGGAAGGAAUGCUGGGCGCUGCAGAGACAGACUUGUGGGAUGAAGCGGUCCUGCGCACCGCUGCACGCGCGUUUCGUGCGUGGCGGCAUGCUGUGGCACAGGCGCACGAGCCUCGGCGCUCCUCCGCCGCCACAGUACUUGGCAGUGAGAGAUACCGGCAGCUUGGGCUGCGGCGACGCAGCUUGCGGAGCCUGCGUGGCUCCCAAAGUGAGGAAAGACCGCCAGACGAACCCGCAGCAACUACAACGUCAGAGCAAAGGGAGAUCCCCGAGGAACUGGAACAGCCACUUCCGUCAGUGCACUUGGAGAUGGGGGAAGCCCAGGAGCAAUUAGGACGAGCGCCGGAGUUUAGCAUGCCGGUGCAAGAGCCGCUAGAAGGUGACACAUUUGGAGAGGAGCAUCCUACCACUGACAACCCGAUACAAGAGAAUCAGGACUCAGGAGCAGUUCAGAGAGAAAGCGAAUCACCAAACCCAAUGCAAGAGAUUGGUCCAAGUAACAGUUCUGCAGUGCAAGCUAUGGAAUGGUCUGACUCACCGAUAACUGAAGCAGAGGAAGCAGAGCUCUCAGAGAGCCGAACAGAAGAACGCAAGAUCCAUGGAGAAAUGACCAGCCUACAGAGCGAACAUCUGUCAGAUAGGCAGGACAAGGAGAGAAGAAGAGAAGGAGCAGAAGGAGCAGAAGGACCAGAAGGAGCAGAAGGAGCAGGAAGAGAAGAGAAGGAACGAAGAGAAGGCGGAGGCCCUGAAAGAAAGCAGUUCAAGGGCCGAUCGGAUCGCCACACGGCCACAAUGUCCACAGAUCAGACCUGGUACGUGCUAGGAGAUGAUGAGCCACCUUCACGGAGCUCCGAGGGAGCACUGCUUCUUGCUGAAACUCGUCUCAGGCAAAGUAGUCGCAGAUUGAUGGCAUUGUGUUUGACGGCCUGGAGUGAAGGCAUUGGUUUCGCAAUCAGCAGCUCAAUCUGGGAAGAUGAUGAGGAAGACAUGCAGCGGUGGCAUCUGCGUGGUUUAGAGCUACGCUUUCAAGAAAAUGAAGAGCUUCGGCUCAAGGAGCAAGAAGAAAGGGCCACAACAGAAGCAGCGUGGAAGGAGAAUGUCGAAGAAGAGAUGCGCAGCAUCAAGGAACGCCUGCAAAAUGACUUCCAAGAAGAACUCCGAUCUCAGGCUCUGGAAGCAGAGCGACAGAGACAGAUCUUGGAGGCUGGCUUUCUACAGAGACUUGCUGGCGCUGAGCGGGAACGGGACAACUUGCAGGCCCAGGUUGACUACGCAGUCUACGAUGCCCGGAGAGAGAAGGACUUGAUGGAGGCACGCCUGCGCGGGGAGCUGGAUGAUGCUCAACACCAACAAGAAAUUCAGCAGGCAAAAGCCUUUGCCUUGGCACAGGAUGCGGAAAGAAUGCGAGAGAUUGAUCAGGCUCACGUGGACAACAGGGUCCUGGAUAUUCAGAGGGAAAAGGACUUGAUGGAGGCACGCCUGCGUGGAGAACUGGAUGAUGCUCAGCACCAACGGCAAUUCCAGGAGGCAAGGCACGCUGCAGCUCUGCAAGACGAGCUAAGACAUAGAGAAGCUGAAGAGGCAAAGAUGCAGGACGGCAUGCGAAGGCAGGAAGCAGCAGCUGAGCAGAGCCGCGCGGCGCUGGAGGAGCAGCUUCAGCAAGAACACGCAGCGCGCCAAGCAGAGCAACAAGAACACCAACGUCGGAUUGCUGAAAUGGAGCAACAGGUCGCAGCUGCUCAGGAUGAAGGAGAAAGAGAGCGCGCCAGAGCUUUCGAUCUCCAGGCUGCCAUUGAAAACUUGAUGACAGCGCAGGAGAUACGCGGAGCUGAAGAACGCUGGCGCAUCCAACAAGAGGAGAACCGCGAAGCUUUGCUCCACUUGCUGGAUGAGGUGGAGACACAACGCGCCAGGUUGCAGGCAGAGGUGAACGAGUUGCAAGCUAGCUACGUGAGCUUGGAGGCUGAGGCUGAUGCUGAGCGGUCGAAGAACCAGAUUGCUGAGCAGACUCUGCAGGAGCGAGAUAUCCGUGUGGCUGACCUGAUCAAGGACAUUCAGAAGUAUCGAUCAGAGCACCGGGCAUUGAAAGAUCAGGCCUUGGAGCUCGGGGAACAGCUUUCUGAACUUGAGAAGGAGCGAGAUUUGCGUGAAGCAGAAUUGAUGGCGGACAUUCAGAAGCUGCAAUCAGAGAAUGAUGCUCUGAACGAUGAGGCAUUUGAGCUCGCAGAACAACUCACAGAGCUCGGAAAGGAGCGAUGGUUGCUGUCUUUGGAUGCGCGGUUGGAAGAGGAGCAGAGGAAAGCCUCUGAGCUUGAGGAUCAGCUGCUGGAAGAAAGGCUGAGGUGUGCUCAGAGACUUGAGGAUAUGUCCGAGCAAAUGUUGGAAGAGAAGGCCAAGAGUCUUGAUCUUCGAACACCAGGCCCUGGACAGGAGACAGCUCCCGAAGAGUGUGUCGCCAUGCCUUGCAGCCGAAAGUGCUUGGUAUUGCUGACCUUGGCCCUGACGAGUCGUGCAGAGGACGCUGCUGGUCAUUUGCGAGGCCCUUCGAUAGAGGAUGCCCCUGCGACCCCUUCGGCCCCUGCUGCCCCUGGGCUGACUGAGUUGAUUGAGUUGCCAGAUGCAAGUGGGUUGCCAGACACCCCAGGACCAUACAAAGAAGUGCCAAGUGAUGCUGAUGCCGGAAAGCCAACAGCUGCUAUGAAGGAAUGGAGGUCCAAAGUUCCCAACGCCACUCAUGGCAGUUUGGGCAGCUUGGUCUCGUUGCAAGCUUGGCAGGAUUAUCAGUUCUGCAAUGUUCACCAGACAGGUUUCUUCUGCGAUGGCCUUACUCGCAUUCGUUGCUGCAAGUUGGAGGAUGGCUAUGCCAAGUGUGGUUCAACGGGAAACUCAAGCACUUGCGGAGCUGAGAAGCCAGAGAAGUCUGAGCAGCCUAAGCAGUCUGAGUCUUCCAAGCAGAAGGCCCUUUGGUUUUAUCCUCCAGCUGGGUACCCUGCAUAUCCGGGAUAUCCCGGUGGCAGCGGUGGCUGGCACAUUCACCAGGGCUGGCAUGUCAGCCUCAAAGUCAAAGCAAGGGCUCCCUUUGCAGCCCUUCCACAGGUCAUUGAGUUCAGAUCAAGGCCACUUCCUCGCCUCCAGCGUCGGAGGCAGGCAUGGCAAAGACAGCAGAUUGCCGGUUUGCUUUGCGGAGCGUGCUCAUAUGCUGCUGUGCGGAGAGUCUCCAGGUCCAGCAAGGCGCUUCGUGCUGAAAUGAGUGACAGCUCUGAGAUGCCGCGAUUAGAGUUCCGGGAUGAAGAUCCCAGUUACACCAUUGGUAUCCUGGGCGACUUGCACUUGGACCCUCGCAACAUGGAGGAUUCUUUGCAAGGGCGCCUGCACAUGAACAAGAUUCUGCAAGACAAACCAAAUGCAUUUGUGGUUUCUCUUGGAGAUCUUGGCGAGUCGUUGAAAUGCGACGAUUCGAAUCAGCUUUUUGCGGGCACCAGCGCAUGUUUCAAGCUAGCCCGGGAAUAUCUUGAUGGUCUGGACUUUCCAUAUGCUGUCAUUGGCGGGAACCAUGACCUGGAGGGCAUCGAUGAAUUUGGAAAAAAUGAGGAGAAUCUUCGGGCAUUCUUGAAGAUCCUGGGGAAGGAGCGACCCUAUUUCAGCCAUGAAAUUGCAGAAAAGACGCUUUUGGUUGGGCUGGGUUCGACCUCCUUCCGCUCUGCACGUUAUUCAUCGCACGAGGUGACGAUCGACGCAGAACAGCUGCGAUGGUUUGAAGAAACCAUCCAGAUGCAUCCAGCAUCUGAUGGAUGGCAAGUCUUCGUGUUCACCCAUGCCCCAAUUCUGGGCUCUGCUUUGCGCGUGCUUCAGGAACUUCAUGUCCUGAACGGUUGCUGCUGGCUGAACCACUCAGAUGGUGCCAGUUCCAGAAGAUUUAUUGAGAUAGUGCGAGAGAACGCUUGCAUCAAAGGAUGGUUCUCUGGCCACUUCCACUUGUCUCACGACUAUCAGGAUUCCAUUACUUUUCCAGGUGGUAAUCGUCGAGGGCAUUGUGUCUUUGCACAGACUGGAGUUAUGCGGCGUCAAUCCUCGCGAGAUGGCAGGCGCCAGUCUCGACUUGUCCGGGGCAACUCCCUCGGCUACGAGAUUUAUACUCUGGACCACAAGACGGAUGGGCAGUUGCGGCUGGAUGCAACCGUCCUCUACUCAGACUCCUGCGAAGUCCCACAGGACUUGCAAAUUGACUUUGAACCUUCGGAGUGCUCAACCAUUUGCUUCGCGCACUCACAUGAGGAUUAUGACCACGAUCUCUGGCUCUCCGCCUACGUUCCAAAGGAGGACGAUGGGUGCCUGGUUGAGCCAAGGGGUACAUUGAACCCUGAGGGGGUCGAUUUAGACUUCGCCGACGGCGACCAGGUUUGCUGGUGGCACAUGAAGGAUGGUGCGAUUCUGGGCGUGCAUGGAGGAAUGAUCAUGGAGUAUGAUGCUUCAACACUUGCUCCACUUGGGAUGGUGGUCAGCCGUGAUGAGCUGCAAAAUCGUCGAGUCGCCGUCAUUGAUGAUGGGUGGGGUGGCUCAGCGCUUGUCCUCUACGACGAUGAUACCGCUGAUGUGACUGUGGUCCAGCCCAAUGAGGAUGGAUCAUACUGGCGGAAGGUCGUCCGGAACAAGAUGCACCGCACAAGAGAGAUGAGACGGAUGGAAGCAGCUGCGAAAUGGGCCAAAAAGGAGAAAAUGGUCGACAAGGUAAAGGUCCUGUCAUCCUACGGACCGUACAAGACCAGUUCUGGGAAGGAGGCCAAAUACGUGGCACAGUUGGAGGAGGCGAAGAACCAGGUUAGCAUCUAUGAACGUGGCUGGAGACAGGCCUUUUUGGAGGCGCAAGAUCUGGAAACUCUGUUGAAGAAGGAGCGUGAGCAGCGGCAGCAUGUGAGUGACUUACUGGAAGACCUUGAAAGGCGAUGCUUCAACGUUCAGAAGGACUUGUCUCUACAACAUUUGCCGGAAGUGUUUGCGCGGGAGAGAGAACAGAUGGCGCAAAUGGCCCAGAAAACCACGUACUUUGAAGAUCACUGUGAGAAGUUGCAGAAGUCCGUGGCCGACCUCCAAGCGCAGAAUCAUCAGUUGAGUCUGGACCAUGCCGAUGAAGACGAGGCGGUGGCUCGGCGCUUCGCCGAGCUGCGAGAGCAGUACGAGGAAGUGUGUUCCUAUGCGGAGUCCGUAGAUCAUCAGCUUCACGAUAGCAAGCAGACACUCUCACUUCUGGACGGCCGUCAUGUGGUGCUGGAGCAAAGGCUUGCAAGGCAGAAAGCUGUUCUGGUGGAUCUUCUGACUGGUCGCUCAAAGGUGCAGCUAAUGGGCACAGUGCUGCGUUGCUUUUUGGCUUGGUGCCAAUGGUUGGUUGAAGCGAAGACAAAGAAAAGGAAGGAAGUGCAAGCAGCCAGGAUGCGGACAAAGUUGGAUGACGAAGCCAACCAUGCGCAAGGCCGAGCUUUGAGAGCCUUCCACAUGACGAAGAAUCGCGCGGUCAAUCUGCGAAAGGUUGCUGAUAUACUUUUAGAGUACCAGGUGAAGAUGACAAAGGUGCACCUGUUUCUAUCCUGGCGAUUGUGCAAAGAACAGCAGACCGCCCCAUCAGAGACAGCUCCGGCUGAGGCUGAGACCGAAACCUUUUCAAAAGCUUGGUAUGACCACAAAGAAGAGCUUCAGAGACAAACAGAACAGGUCAUUGAACAGAUGCUGGAUACGGACGCGCAAGAGAGCGCCAUCAUGGACCAGGCAAUUGCCCAGGCAGAGCGCGUGGCAGAAUCUGUUGCGGAGAAGAUGUACAGGCAGCUGUGCAUGGAAUUGGUGAAGGAGACCUUCAACAGCUGGCGCAGCUGGUACCAGGAGAAGAAGAGGUCGCAAGCAGAGAAAGAAGCUGAGGCAGCCAGAGCACACAGUGUACAGACGCAGCAGGCCGCAGAGCCAGCUGCUCCAGAAGCGCUCUCUCCUCCUAGCGCUGAGGAUGAUGCAGAGCGAAGACGUCGUCAGAAAGAGCGAGAAGAGCAAGAGGCGUUCCGAGAAGAGAUGUGGAGACAGCGUGAUGCUGCUGAACGCGAGGCACUGCAGCGUCAGCAGCAACUUGCUGCUGCCGAGCGCGAGGCACUUGUGGAGCAGAUCAAGGCAGCACGCAUGCAGCAGUCAUUCGAGAUGGAAAUGCUGAAGGAGCAGGUAGCCCGUGCUGAAGAUGCCCGACGGUCUCAGCAGGAAGAGCUGGAGCGUUUGAAGCAAGAGGUGACCAAGGGAUCUGUCUACCAGGAGAUCAUACAGCAAUUCAGAUCCACGCCCUCUGGCUACCCAUCAGCUGGGCCUGCUCCACAAGGAAUCGGUGAUGUGCAGAUUGUGCAGCAAGUGGAACAAGCGGCCCCCUUGGAGGUGGUUUCGACGCAAACGGCUGGAGUAACCACCCGAAGUAUCUCUGUGGAGGCCGUCCCUGAGAUGCCACGAAUUCCUCAGAGCCAACGACCAAAUCCGCGUGCAUUGGAGCUUGGCAGAAAUCAGGCUGAGAUGCUUGAGCGGAUGUUGAUCAAGGCUGUGUUGCAGGGUUGGCAAACAGUCGUGCUCGGAUGGAGGCCAUUCGAGUCUCGCGUGCGAGAUGUACCUUGGCAGACGCCACCAGAGGAUCCCUUGCUACCACGACCCCGAGGGCAAAAUUUGGCAUUUAGUGCUGAAAUGGCCGUGCAGGGCCUAAACAAGUGGUCUGCAGAGCCUGUUGAAGGUGAUCUCACCACGGCGUCAGGGUCCUGA